AUUGUAUGUUUUGCUCAUACGUAAGUUAAAAGACGUCAAUUAACUUCUUAGUUUAUUUGUUUUUAUCAAGCAAAUGAAGAAAUUUUUUGUAAAAGAAUUUUGCGAGAUUAUUUCGGAACCUAGGAUGUUUAAUUGUGGAAGUGGCUUGGUAGUGCAACAUGCUGAAUUACCCGAGGUGGAUGAUGAGUUGUCGGUGUCACUAAGAAUAAAGCUUAAGAGUCAUCAUACUGGUUGGGGCACUGUUUUUCGUAAAGGUGGUGACGAGUCACAAGGAAAUUUUGAGCGUACACCUGGACUCUUCCUAGAUGCAAACAUCUCCAAAUUAUAUCCCCGCUUCACAGGACACUGGAAUGAUAAUGUAGGACUUAGUGAAAUUGGGGACGGACUUUUGUUAAAUAAAUGGUCCCACAUAACUUAUACACUUUCUGAUCCUGAAAAAAGAAUGGAUAUCUAUAUAAAUGGUGUAUGGAUCGCAUUCUAUGCCAUCGAAAAUGUUCAAAUGCAUAGAGUUAAAUUCAAUGAUAAGCAGUUGCAUAUUGGGUGGUACAUUGAUGGCGAAAUUGGUAAUUUUCGUUAUUUUAACUGGCGUCUAUCUGCCGAAGAGGCAAUGAAAAACUACUUGAAUCAACGACCCUUCUGUUAAGGAUAAAAAAAAAAAGAAAAUCUGUCUGUGGCUUAUUUUUAAUAAAACUGAUUUUUCUUUUUGUAUACCAUAUAAGUUGAACAAAUUUUUUCUUUCGUCUCAAAAAUGAUUUCUCAAAUUUCUGGGUAUUAAUAUUGUAUUUAUAGUAUUCCCAUGAUUAUAAGCUUUAUAAAUGAAAA